GGCGGCAUCGAUCUUGCGGACUCCUCGAACAUUUACAGACCAGAGCAGGUAGUGGGAAGAUAGGGAAGGUGACAACACACCUGACUACGGUUAAAGGAACUUUCUGGGCGGAUGGCUGGAGGCGGAUGAAAAGACUAUACGACCAAUCGAGAGUCAGGGUGAAUGGGACUGACAUGCAGCUCAGGGCCGCGAAGAGGUUCCUACAAGAAGGUGCCCAGGUGGUUGUGAUGAAGAUCACUAGGACUAAGACUACUACAGAAGUGAAUAGGGGAAUUCUGAUAGGACUGCUGCGGAGGCCCAGACCGAAGUCGUUUCUCCUCAAGAUGUCGUCGAACAAACUUGUUGGGCUAUACAGGGCAGCAGGGACAAUGACGGAUGCGAAGUCAAAACUAUCCUUAAGACUGAAGAUCGAUGGGGCAUUGCUCGAGAAGACGGGUAUCAGUGUGAGAAAGAGGGUGAACGUUAUUCUACCGUUCAAUCCUCGAAUCAGGAAGACACUUGUUUGCAGGGCGGCAGAGGAGAUGAUCGAUCGGAAGAUCGACGAUGACCACCUUGCGGGCUUUGUGAAAAACCGAAUUCACAUAAUUUGGAGGAAGAAUAGGACGGUCAGCAAGUUGCUGCACAAUCAGAAGUUUUUUGCCACUGAUGAAGAGAAGCGCUGCCCUUGCGCUUGUUCCAAGUUACCGAAGAUAGACGGUCACGUUUUGACGCGGUUCGCAGAUCUUGACGCAGAACGCAUACCAGGGUUUGUACACAACUCGAAGAAUAUUACCAGGUCUGUGGGCACUCAGAACGGCCGUAGAGUACUACUGGCGAUCUCCAAGGCCAAUAGACAUCUGGGAACGCAAGCUGUGGAUUUGAGUAUACCGGAAGGCACCAUCGGGACUGCUGAUCACAAACUGGCCGCUUGGACAGAUGCCAAGGUACGAAGAUGGAGCACGGGGUUCAAGGGCUUUGUCCUGGCCCCGAUGGACCGGAAUCCGGGUGACACUGCGGUUAUAUGUCCGGUCCUGUACCGGCACACUUUCCGUAAGAUAUUCCUGUGGAACACUAACUAUGAGUCAGUAGGGAAAGGCGUCACGGAGUCGGAGGCGCUGGCCAAAUGCAAAGGCGACUUUCUGGCGGCAGAUCUGCAGAAGUUGGGGGCUUGGAGGCGAGAUGGACGCCUGGGGAAUGCCUACGUCAUUCCCAAGCAUAAGGAUCUCAAUAAAUGGAGACCGAUCGCUCCCGCUCCGGCAGACCCGGCGGGACUGGCCCAAGGAAGGGUGGCGAGAGCACUGCACUGCCUGCUGCUGAGAGUUCCCGCUCAAGCCUCAUUCUACCUUAACUCGGUUUCUUAUCUUGCGGACAAGAUGAAGGCUACCACACACAGGUUGAGGACUGCAGGCUGCGAGCAGGCCAUUGGCAGGUGCUACGACAUCAAGGAGAUGUUUUCCCGUAUACCCCAUGACGCAGUCUUGCAGUCAGUCCACCAGCUACUGCGGCGUUUUGAGGAUGCCGACUGGAAGCAGGUGAAGGUCUCAGUCAAAUCUCGGUCCUGCAUCCUGAGUAAGACAGUCAGAAAACAGGACGGGUAUGUCAGUAUUAAACUGAAAGAAAUCCUGACGAUCGUGAAGUUUGACCUCCAGCACUCCUCCAUCAAGUGCGGACCAGUGGUGAUGAAGCAAGUCUUCGGCAUUCCGAUGGGAAAGACGACAAGUCCGGUGCUGGCCUCGAUCACAUGCGCAAUGGCCGAGGAACGCUUUCUCCGUGCACUUGGUGCAGAUAGGAGACUCAUGGCAGGAUGGAGGAUUAUGGAUGGCAUCUCUGUGGUAGCCGGCCUGCCUUCGGAUGUGCACCAGGAAGGGUACCCGCAAUGCUUUUUCGAACAGUUUGAGGCAUGCUCGUGCUGGGGGCGAUUGCUUUUACAAUCUGUGAAGCACACCUGCGGGGUUACCCCCCGGAAGUCUCUCUCGGGGUUACCCCCCGGAGGUCUCUCUCGGUGCCCUGGCCGAUUUGGCCAAGGCUGCUGAGAAUGCUGCACUUACAAAGAUGCUGGCAGCUCUCUCGGCCAGUUCAGGAUUCAGAAGAUUCAGAUGAUGGGCGUGAUCCGAAGCUUGCUCUGCUUUGCUUUCCGCUCGGUUAUCUGGGGGCCCCACACUUUCGGGGGGGCCCCGGUGCUAUUUCGGUCGUUUUUGUCGAUUUUGUCUAUUAUGGUCGCUUUUGGUCUAUUUUGGUCUAUUUUGGUCUAUUUUGGUCCCUUUUUCUGCCUAUAAUGAGUUGGCCUAGCGGGAACUGAUCCCCGGCCGAUUAGGAUGGCUCAGAAUUCGUUAUGGGUAGACGACACAUGACUGACCACUGCAGCUUCGCCAGUUUCUGACAUAGGUAAUGUAAUACUCGCCGUUUGGUCGGCCCGACCCUCACUUUCUCUGCGCGGCUGGCCUCAAUUUAGUUAGGCGGCAGCUACACCAAGCUGGCCCCACUUUUGAGUGUGAAUCUUUCUGGCUACUCAUCUGGAUACAGGGCACGAUAGAAUUUCGGAAUUGGUUCUGUUGUACGAUAUAGGGGUGAUGCUUCUGGACGAGUUUUGGGCUAUAUGCUGCAGAAGUUUUAUUCGGACAUAUAGGUUCCGGACGGCGUAAGUAAUGAACCUGGCAAACAUCU